AGUAAACAGCCAUGUGCAUUCCUUACUCUAUAUUUAACAGCUGCAGUCCGUGCUGGGGGCAACUGCAACAGAGGGGAACCUUUGUAGCUUCCCAAAUUCACGGCUCGUGAGGGUGGGAGUAGGGGAAGCUCUCUGCAGGGAGAAGAGGAAUUUCUCUCCUUCUCGGUGUUUGCAAAGCAGGUUGCGUUAGAGGGAGACUGCAAUGCCAGCAUCCCAGCCGCGGUCCAGGGCAAGAGACAGGAACAAUGUCCUCAACAGGGCUGAGUUCCUCUCCCUGAACCAGCCCUUGAAAGGCAACCAGGAGAGCAGGAGCUCCAGCAGAAAGCAGAGCGGCCAGGCCGGGGCAGCCGGUGCCCAGAACAACAACCCCAAGGAGCGGCGGCAGUCGCAGCAGCUGCCCGAAGAGGACUGCAUGCAGCUCAACCCCUCCUUCAAGGGAAUCGCCUUCAACUCCCUGCUGGCCAUCGACAUCUGCAUGUCCAAGAGGUUGGGAGUGUGUGCCAACAGAGCCUCCUCCUGGGGUGGUGCCCGCUCCAUGAUUAACCUCCUGGGGAUAACGGGGCACGGGAUCCCCUGGAUUGCGGGCACCCUCAUCUGUCUGGUGAAGAGCAGCACGCUGGCAGGCCAGGAGGUCCUCAUGAACCUGCUGCUAGCCCUGCUCCUGGACAUCAUGAUUGUGGCUGGUUUGCAGAAGCUGGCCAAGCGGAAGGGUCCAUACGACAUCACCCCUGGCUUGUUGGACUACCUGACCAUGGACACCUACGCAUUUCCAGCUGGGCACGCCAGCCGAGCAGCCAUGCUCUCCAAGUUCUUUCUCAACCACCUAGUCUUGGCCAUCCCUCUCCGCAUCCUGCUGGUCCUCUGGGCCCUCUGCGUGGGCUUCUCCCGUGUCAUGAUCGGACGGCACCACAUCACAGAUGUCCUGUCUGGCUUUGUCUUCGGCUACUUACAGUUCAGGCUGGUGGAGUUGAUAUGGAUGUCUUCCAACACGUGUCAGAUGUUGAUAUCCAUCUGGUGAACAUGGGGGACUUGACGCUUUUCCACUGGAAACUAGCAGAUACUUUAAGAGUCUCCCUCCCAGUAUUUUCUACAUGUUGUUUGUUGGAAGCAGUUGUAACUUCCAUGAGUAGUGGCGUUUUUUAAUGUUGCUUUCCCACCUGAAAAAAAAAAAAAUAUGUUUCUUGCAAUGGAUUGGGUUUUAGCAAUCAAGGGCCAUACCUGUGUUUUGGCCGUAUUCUCAAACUGUGUUUGGACAGGAAACUAAUUAAGCUUUACGGGUGAGAGAAAUGAGCUACAUGUCUGCCUAGUUUGGGUGGUUCACAUCAGCACCUUGAUAUGUCCUCAGGAUGGGCAGCGCCUGAGAGGUUCCUGAGAACACGUUUGUUAACUUUUUUGAGGCUAAAUGAUUUUGGCCAUAAUGCUUUUUUCUUUUUUGUAAGCCCGGCAGUUGUGUCUUGUACCGAGUCAGGACACUGCUGGCACUUCACAGAUAAUAAAUAAUCAUAAAAAUCC